CGCGGGGCCGUCGCGGAGCUCCGCGAAGUUCCGCGGGGCCCGGGGAAGUUUGGGCUCGGCUCGGCUCGGCCCCGGCCAUGGCCUUCCGCCGGCGGGCCAAGAGCCACCCGCUCUUCAGCCAGGAGUUCCUCAUCCACAACCACGCCGACAUCGGCUUCUGCCUGGUGCUCAGCGUCCUCAUCGCCCUCAUGUUCGAGGUCACAGCCAAGACUGCCUUCCUGUUCAUAUUACCUCAGUACAACGUUAGUGUGCCUACAGCAGAUGGGGAGCUGGUCCAGUAUCACUAUGGGCUGAAGGAUCUGGUCACCAUCCUCUUCUACAUCUUCAUCGCCAUCAUCCUGCACGCGGUGGUGCAGGAAUACGCCCUGGACAAAAUCAACAGGCGUCUGCAUCUCUCCAAGGUCAAACACAGCAAGUUCAAUGAGUCAGGGCAGCUGGUUGCCUUCCACCUCACCUCUGUGAUCUGGUGCUUGUACGUCGUGGUGACGGAAGGAUACAUAUCAAACCCUCGGACUCUGUGGGAAAACUACCCGCAUGUUUAUCUUCCGUUCCAGGUGAAGUUUUUCUACCUGUGCCAGCUGGCGUACUGGCUGCAUGCCCUGCCGGAGCUCUACUUCCAAAAAGUUCGCAAGGAGGAGAUCCCCCGCCAGCUGCGCUGCAUCGCGCUCUACCUGGUGCACAUCACCGGCGCCUACCUGCUCAAUUUAACCCGCUUGGGGCUGAUCCUCUUGCUGUUGCAGUACUUGGCUGAGUUAUUCUUCCACAUGGCCCGGCUGGUCUACUUCACGGAUGAGAACAACGAGAAGCUGUUUAAUGUCUGGGCUGUCGUGUUCGUGGUCACCAGGCUCUUCACCCUCACCUUGUACAUCCUGGUCAUCGGCUUCGGGCUGCCACGGGUGGAGAGCCAGGCCCUGGACCCUGAGAGAGGGAAUUUGUUCAGCUUCCUCUUCAACAAUAUCCUUUUCAGAAUGAGUGUGCUGCUGUUGGUGUGCCUCUUCCAGGCCUCGGUGAUGUGGCGCUUCAUCCACUUCCAGCUGCGGCGCUGGAGGGAGUACUGGAACGAGCAGAGCAGUCGGAAGCGAGUCGCCGCCGCCACCACCGGCACCAAGCAGCAAACCAAGCUGCUCAAGAGGGAUUCGGGUUACCAUGAAAAUGGGGUAGUGAAAGCAGAGAAUGGCACCUCACCUCGAACCAAGAAGCUGAAGUCGCCGUAGAAGCCAAGGGUUGUCUCCUGGGGAGGAGGGCGAGAUACCAGGACUAAGCAGCCCCUCCUCCUGGUCCUCACGGGUGGCGUCUUGAGUGGCUCGGAAACCAGUCAUCUUCCCAAGGUGUCUCUCGCUCUCCUCCCUUCCUCUCUUGCUCUCUUGAACCAUUUGCAAUAAAACCAAAAAGGUCCCCUUCCCCUACUCCUUUCCCCUCGUAGGAACCUUUUCCUGCCCUCCUGGUUUUGCUUUCCUCCAUUUGAUCGUAAAUCAGCGUGCAAUUUUGUUGUUUUGUUGUUUUUUUUUUUUCUUUUCUAUUUUAGUGUUUUGUUAUUUUGGUUAAUGGUUACAAAUGUGUCGUAGACGGUUCCAGACAAUCCUUUUUUCUCCUACAGCAUGUUCCUCCCCUCUCUCUUCAUGGUGCUUCCCUGAGUCCCUGGGACAGGGCCACGACAGCUUGAAGGCACCAAAUGUGUGUUAUGGGAACAGGUUCCUGGGGGAGUGUGCUGGGGCUGUGAGAUCCUGAGGCCCAGGGGUGCUCUCAGGUGAGAUGGGGUCAGUGCUCGGCAGGGUGGUGAUGCUGCAAAGAGAGACCAGGGUCUGAGGGAGGAACCUCAGCCCUGUCUUGUCUCAUGGUGGACCCCUGGUUACCUGGGGCUUUUCUGAGCUAAUUUUUGAGCUAAUUUUGGAGAGCUGGGCAGCAGAGAGAAGAGAGAACUUCCUUCUUCAUUUGGAAGGCCCACCUUCCAGCCUCUGCUCACCCCAGCUCUUCUGGUACAGUUGGGUCUCUCGUGGCUGCCCUGUGGUUGUUCUGGACCUCCCAGCCCCAAGAGCUGAGCAGCUCUGCAGCUCACAGUGUCUUGUUGUGGGGCAGCAGCAUCCUCAGGUCCAGAUGAAACCCUGAGUCCUGCCCCACUCUGAGCC